UACACCACGAAUGGAGAUGGUACACGGAAAGUCCAGCGGCCAAUUUCUUUUUGUAAAAGCAAGAAUCUUGCUUUUCCUUUUUUUCCUGCUUUGACUGAUUGCAUAAUUUCCGUUAGUUACUGGUUUUAAAUUUGCUUUCCUCCUAGACUUUUUGCCUUUCCUCAUGUCCGGUAAUACAUCUUCAUUUAAGCGGAGUGCCAGAGAAAAAUGCUGGGAAGCGAGAGACUUCUACUUUGACUGUUUAAAUAAAAAUGAUAUUUUGGAUCCAUUGAAAGAUAAUGAUCGGGCAUCUCAGGUGUGCAGUUCCGAAAAAACCAAUUUUGAGUCAAAUUGCAUCCAGUCUUGGGUCAAUUAUUUUUGUAAGUUUCGAGUUCAACAACACAAGCAGCAAGAAGCUAUUCGAAAACUCGAGGAAAGUGGUGCUCGUCGUUUAUAGUGUGAAAUACAUUUGUCCAUCUUUUCUUUCGUCUGCAUAAACAAUUAAUCAACCAAAAAUUUACCUUAAAGAUAUGCUUCAUUUUCCCUUUCAGGAACUCUUUGCUACAUGCAAUCACUCUUUACCUUUUAUGGAUAAUGCUUUACAAAACUUCCCAUCUCUGUAAAAACUUAGGAAUAAUAUAAAAUCGAUUAUAACCUGAAUAUAGAUUUUAUUAUCGUCAAAAGAAGGAAAAAUAAACUAGUUAUCCUGUUUCCUUACAAUUAAUAAAUAGUAGUAAUGCCGGUAAACACUCUCAUAAACGUGAAAAGAACAAAAAUUGUAGGUUAUACAGAAACUACGGUGAGUUUACUUGCUUCC